GAGCUCACCGUUCCUUCUCCUCUCGGCGCAGAUAAACAGCUCUCUGCAGACAUGCUAAUGUUUAAACCCGCGGCUGAAAUGUCGGAGCGGUGUGUGGAGUGUGUAGGGAUCUGAGUGUCACACUGUCGGAGUGUGUGUGUGAGCCAUGAGGCGUCUCGGGUCCGUGCAGCAGAAGAUCCCGUGUGUGUUUCUCACCGAGGUGAGAGAAGAAGCAGCUUCCAGAAAGCGGGAUGGCCAGAAUUUUCAGGUGGUUGCUACGGAAACGGUGAAUCCCGUGGCUCUCGAGUCGGACGUCCACCAUGCGCUCGCCACCGAGAAGCUGGACGGCACGUGCUGCUACGUCACGCCGUACAGAGGAGAAGUGUACCUCUGGGCUCGUCUGGAUCGGAAACCCACCAAGCAGGCGGACAAGAGGUUUAAGAAAUAUCAAUACUCUCAGAAGACCUGUAAAGGUUUCACAUGGAAUGUGGGAGAAGAUUUCCGGACCGUGCCUGAAUCCUGGAUUCCCGCCCGUCGGGUUCAGUAUGAGAGCGGACACCCGGUACCCGAUGAACAGGGACACAUCCCGGGCUGGGUUCCUGUGGACGGUUCUAACAAGCAGUACUGCUGGCACGCGUCUGUGGUUGAUUACGACGCCGGAGAGGCUCUCGUUCUGAGGCCGAGCGUCGAGGAUGAAGACUCUCUGGAAAUCGCCAGCGUUCCUUUGAGCGGGCUGAUGGAACAAACGCUGGAGCUCAUCGGGACCAACGUGAACGGGAACCCGUACGGUUUGGGCAGUAAGAAGAAUCCGCUUCACGUCCUGGUGCCGCAUGGGAUCCUGCGCGUUCGGGACGCUCCUGCGGUGGAGUACCAUCGGCUUCGCUCUUGGUUUCUGGAAAGUGAUGAGGGCCGAGUGGAAGGAAUAGUGUGGCACUGUAAGGACGGUACGCUUGUCAAGGUUCAUCGACAUCACUUCGGCCUGAAGUGGCCCGCCGGCGAGACCUUCUUAAACUCCCGGCCCGUGGUGGUUCACGUGGACCGGCUCCCGUUAGAUCCCGAUGCUUCACCUGACUCGCGGAGGAACCUGUUCGCCGCUCUGUCCGUCCUCACCGGACGCCGUUUUAGCUCCGCUAAAGACAUCCGGCUCGAAGCAUGAUCAAUUACACUACAUUCCUCUUUAUCUGCUUAACAACAGCAUUCAUCUGAGUACUCUCUCUAUAAAACUUUAACUUAUGUCUGUACUGUAGCGCUUAAUCACGGUCCUGAUGAUGAGACGAAAAUGAUGGACGGACUUGCUCUCGAUUUUAUGGGAGGUAAUUGAUGUAAAUGUGAUUUAUUUAGACAAAAGUGUAAGCACCAUACACAUUGCUGUCAUAAUAAACGUUUAACGGUUUGAA